UCGAAUCAGUCGAUCGCACUUAUCGAUCGGUCGCGUUCAUUCUUAGAAACUAAAUUUCUUCACGCGAUCAUUGCGUUUUCCCUGCAAUAUCUGAUAUUUUUGGGUGAAGGUGUUUAGUGAUAUGAUCGCGGGUUCUUAGUGUUUUAAUAGAAGUAGAACUAAAUGAAGUUCUGAGAAGCUUCUUUUUUAGAAGAAAAGAUGUGAAUUUCAUGAAUGUAUGAUUGAGAUCAGUUUGGAAUAUUUCGACUUAGUGCAGUGAGAUGUUCUUAGAGUGAUGAAUGAUAAAAGUUAACGAGAAAUCGACCUAGAACGGACAUCGGAAAAGUGCAUUUAAAAUAUGAAUAGUGAGUUGAAACGACGAAGGAACAUUCACAUCAUAACAGCGGCCCCUUUGUACUGAACAAGCAGUCAAUUAAACACAGUCUUGUUUACAAACAUUUCCUCGGGAGGCAGUUGAUUAAAGAAAAUUAACUCUCAAUGUCGUCUGAAUGGGCUUAUUAGAAAACCUCUGAGCGGUAUUGGCCCAAAUAAAUUUUUCACCCUGUCGAAAAAAGAUAGAAAAUGAUGAGGCAGUAUUAUCGGGAAGGAUCGCCAAUAGCUACAGAUUUACCAAUGAAGCGUCCGAACGACACUUUGAAAUACUUGGACGACGUAAACAAUGGAUUAAAACUGAAAAAUGGAUCACCCACGACACCACCAAGAAGUCCAAUAAGCAAAGCGUUCGAGUUCUUUGCUUGGUAUAAAAAUCGGAAAAACCCUGACAAAAGUGAAAAAGCUGAUAAAAAGAACGAUGCUCAUCAGCAAAACCACAAAAACUUCUUCAAACAUGCCGCAAACGUUCGGGAAAUCUUAGCCGAUAAGUCAAACAAAACGAAAUCCAUGAAGACUGAAAUACCUCUACAGCGCUACAACACUCUUUCCGGAUACUCUAAACGAAAUCGCAAGAUACCUAGAAAUAACAGUUUGGAUAACGACGAACUCAUUCUGCAGGCUGAAGAGCACUUUGAUAACAAUAUGCUCAGCAAAUCUUGGAAUGAUCGGGGUUCAUUCCUCACCAAUGCCAUGCUCGAUGAUCACCAAGAUGAAUAUGAAAAUAUCUCUCCGAAACAUCUGAACUCAACCAAGCAUAUAAUUUUCAACGAUGAAAAUAUUGUGUAUCUGAUACGAAAAGAAAAGCCAGUUCACGGCAAAACUGAUCAGAGCAAAGAUAAACAGCGCACUAUUCAGAGACAAGGUGCAAUUGAAGAGAACAAUAAUUCUAUCCAUGACAACGGACCUGUGAUCAAAGCUAGACUAAAAUUAGCAAAAGUCGACUCGCAAGAUGACCCAGUAACUAAUAACAGUAAUAGUACGUCGGUUAAACACAAUUCUACCACCAGUAACGCUAACAGUAAUAAUAACAAUAAUACUCUAAACAAACCAAGCAUUCUCUGUCGGCAAAGUUCAUUCAAUAAACAACUUUCUGUUGACGCGGCCAUUUCACCACGAAAAUCCCCUGAACCAUCUUCAGAAGGCAGUGAUGGAUCGAGUGCGAAACCGAGAAAAAAAUUAUCUUUCCGGGAGCCAGUUGCAUCAACCAAACGCGCUGAAAUCCAACAAUCUUUGGAGCAAUCCAGAAUAAAACGCCAGACAUAUCCGAAUAAUUUGCAAUUGUCAUAUGAUUCUGAAUUGGAGUCACAAGCCAUGCUUAUUGUUAGGACUGUAGGACAAGCGUUCGAAGUAUGCCAUAAUGGACCCGAUGGACAGUCUUCGGAUGUUAUAGAACACGAUAGGGCGUCAGACCAAUUUAGCGAAGACGGACUGCAGAAAAAAGAACCUCUUCCAGCGACUCCGGAUCUUCCUUCAGUGCAAAGACCAAAUCAUUUAGAUUUAAUAUUGCCACCACCGCCAGCGAAUAAUAACACGAAUAAUCUGAGAAAAUCACCCGGGAGUGAUGGUGAACGAUCUCCUCCGUCACCCAUGUCUUCAACUAAAGAAGUUCAACAGUUGCGUGAUUUAUUGGAGCAACAAACACUUCAAACGAGACAAACUGUUGCCCAGUUGACAUUAGUUAAAGAACAACUCAUAUCAGAAACGAAGGCAAGAAUUGAAGCCCAGCUUCGGACCAAACACCUUCUCCAGCAGAAUCGUGAACUUCUGGAGCAAUUGGUGUCUUUGGGUGGCUACACGGAACCCAAUCAGACAGGACUGACGUCGGCAAACAUCGCCUUAGCACCACAGUCACAACUACAAAUGCUUCUACAAGAUCCAUCCGAUAUGUCAUCACCACUGCGAAACGCUUUCCUUGCAUCGUCCAAUAAUAACAAUUUACCGUCAAUCAGCCAACAUCUGACCAAUCUAGGAUCCAUCAACCAACAACUGAGCACAUUAACGAAUCAACUUACAGGCCUGAAUCAACAAAGUCAAAAUCUACAAAAUUUGCAAAACUAUAACCAAAGUUUACAGAAUUUGUCCAACACAUUUCCUGCAAUGAAUCAAAUUCAAAACAUUAAUAAUAACAAUUUGGCAGCGCAAGCCGCUCAAGAUGCCAUGACUCAGAAUGAUCUGUAUCAGAUGAACCAGGAACUGCUGAACAAGUUGCAGAACUUGAAUUUAGGGGUGAAUCAGACUGCAAACAGUGCCAACAAUAAUAGUGGAAGCAGCCCAAGUGCCAAUCAAAAUAUCAAUGGUGGCUCCCCGCACAACUCCUUCAUAUUCGCUAAUCCGUCCCAUAUGACAACAAGCUCCAGCAGCAGCAAUUUCAACUAUCUGAAUUCGCCAAACAGCCUGGGUGGAAACUUGACGCCUUCACCGAUGGGAACGAUGAAUAGAAAUUCGUAUCUAAACACUCCUUUGGACGAUAAUUUCGGCUUGAGCAUAGACAAAAACCUAAACAUGCUGGAUGACAAUGGAGCCCAGUUUAUAAAACCCCUGUCCCAGGUUGGGACACUAACAACCAUCGAUCAAGAUGGGAACGUUAAGGUCAUUGUGCCGGUGAAAAAUGGGAAUAAUAUGGCCAGCGGAUCGGGGGAGUCAUCGUCGAGUCAGCGAAGAUUAAAUGACCAUAAAUCAAACGUUCCAAAUAUUGUCACCCUGAAGGUGACCGACGAAACGGGCAAUGUGACGAACACGCGCAAACUCUCGGCAACACCAAGUUUCAUAACGAGAAGCACAAGCGAGAAGGUACCCAAUAGAAGCCAAAUGAUGAGCGAAGUACAAAGAACGGCCUGGGCCAGGCACACUACUAAGUAGUCAGUCCUCGUCACUUGAGUAUUAUUAGUUAAUAGUUUUAAAGAACAAUAAUUAUUAAAGAUAUUAAAAGAUAUCACAGUGGUAAUGUAGACGACAGGAGUAGAAUCCUUUUCGAAUAUUCACACAUACCCCUAUGCGAUGUUGUAAAUACAUUUAUCUAACGAGAAAUCAGGUUAAGCCACGACAAAUGCUGAUUUAGGAUUAAGAGGUUUAUCUAGUCUACGAUCCAUUUUUUUAGUGUCAGUAAUGCGCCCUAAAAUCCUGUGCCUCUCUGUAAAUACACGAGCCACAGCCUUCGGCAGGAGAUAAUAAGCGGUUUGAAAUAAAUGUAACGAAAAACGAAUAUGAGAAAGUUACUUCGCUUUUCAAAAUUAUCUGGCAAUAAAUUUUCAGAUCAAUUAAAGCCAAAAAUUCGGCAGGAUUCAAAGCGCGCAUUACAUUUAGGUAUUGAUUUCGUUGUGAAUCGAAUGUACAUUUUAUAAUCGAGUACGUAUCUAUGUAGAUGAGAGGAUAUGAUAGUUGAACAUAAGUUAAUGUUGUUGUAAUAUUUCAACAGGAAGUAAACGAACCGAUUUUUUG